UCCUUGAGGAGCGCCCCGAACACCUAUUCCUUGAGGAGCGCCCCCGCCCGCCGCCACCCUGGCCGAGGGGGAGAUGUACAUGAGCAGCCGGGCCAACCUCGACUACUGGUCCACUGACAACUGCUGCGUCUUCGUGUCCCUUCGUCGGGGAACCAUCUUCAUUGGGGGUCUGUCUGUGAUAUGGCAGAGCGUGGUGGUGGCGAUCUCCGUGCUGGCGCUGGUGGAGUGUCACCUGAAAGACACGAACCCGGAUGACACCCUCGUAAGUGACACGGAGGCGAACGACACCGCUUUAUACGUUGACACUCUGUUCGCCAACGGAACGUGGGGGAACGAGACCGCGUUUUACAGCUCGCUUGUGAACGACACGUGUAAAUGGGUUCCGGAAGCCGAGAGGGAAAGCUUUGGGGUUUAUGACCAAAAUAUGCUCAACGUCGUGGUUGGAGUGAUUCUGGCGUUCUCAAGCAUAUACUGUUUACUCUCCGUGUGUGUCAUUGUAGGGGUUUUAUGGCACUCGCCGAGGCUGCUGCAAGGCUGGGUCGCGUUCACGGCCCUGUACAUGCUGCUGACCCUCGCUGACCUGCUCAUCACCCUCCCGUUCACCACCCUGCUCCACCUCCUCUGCUGCAUCACCCAGUUCGUCGUGUCCCUGUACGUGUGGGCGGUGGUCAAGUCGUACAUGCACGUGCUCAAGGUCGCCAAGAGGAAGCCCCCCGUGCCCGAGGAGGAGCGCACGGACUACACGGUGAACGGCGUCGACCUCCAGCAGGAGCCCGUGACGGUGUGACGACGACCCUGCCGGACG